GCCCCCCCCUUUUUUUCUUUAAACGUCCACUUCGACGAGCUCCUCCAUUGGCCCCGGUGAAGAACCACUGACACCGAGAUAAUGCGCGGCUCUGGCUUCGCUGGCGUGAUCCUCCUGGUUAGCGUCGCGCACGCAUUGACGCCUCCCGUUGUGCGAACAAGAAGCGGGGACGUCAAGGGACUCCGGCUCAACGUGUACGGCGAGAAAGUGAACGCUUUCCUCGGAAUACCUUAUGCGUCGCCACCGUUGGGUGACCUGCGCUUUCGAAAACCGUCGCCAAAGGUCUCCUGGUCCGUUCCGCGAUGGACAAGGACUUUCGGUAAGCGCUGCAUGCAAGAGAUCGUUCUGGAUGCAACUGCUGAGCACUACGCUGAAGGUCCUGGUAUGAGCGAGGACUGCCUCUACCUUAAUGUGUGGUCACCCGUUAAUGACAAUAGCACCAAGCCCGUAAUGGUGUGGAUCCACGGCGGCAACUUCAAGGCUGGCUCUUCGGACAGCCCCGCAUUCGACGGCUCUGUGCUCGCCGCGACGCAGAAUGUGGUCGUCGUGUCGUUCAACUAUAGACUCGGCUUCUUCGGCUUCCUCAACGCGGUCCACGGCAACGCGUCUGGUAAUGCGGGUCUGUUCGAUCAAGUGCUCGCAUUGUCCUGGAUUAAGACGAACAUAGCUGCGUUCAACGGAAACGCAUCGCUAGUGACUCUCUUUGGUGAAGGGUCCGGAAUAGCAGCCAUUCGACUUCUGAUGCUAUCUCCUUGGUCACGAGGACUCUUUCAAAGAGUGAUCAUGCAAGGGGGAACUGCGCACGCCGCCAAAGCGGCGGAGAGCACGGGCAGGAGUUUGUUGAAGGCCGAUGCCUUGGCCGUCGAGGUGGGCUGCUCUAAGGCGGGCCACUCGAUCGUCUCGCACCCGGACGACGUCAUCGAAUGCAUCAAGAGCCGUCCGGCGCACGAGGUCUUGCUCGCGCAGAUCGAACUCCGACACCACGGAAUUGAGGCCCCUGCGCCCACGCACGGAACCGAGUUCUUGCCGCAUAACCCAGAUCUUAUUCACGACCUGAGGGGAUUCACGAGCGCCCAGGUCCUCAUGGGCCACAACCGAGCAGAAGGCAAAAGGUUGGUUUCCCAGGUCUUCGAAGGCCGCUUCGAGGCGCUCAAGCAACAGAACAAUAUGACCAAUGAAGACGCGCGGGUAGCACUACACGUUCUGUUGAGUGCGCAAGGAUACAGGCGACCCGUCGCAACCGAUGUAGCCGACCACUACCUCAAGCGAGCGACCAGCGUUUGCGACGACGCCAGGACACUGGCGGAACUGGUGGAAGGCGGUGCCGUCGACGUUGCCGCCGGCUGUCCCUCGUUUACGCUCGCCCGCAAACUGUCCAACGCCGGUCUGACCGUGCACUACUACGUUCUUGACUACGUCGACGAAGACGUGGACAGUUACUUCCGCACGGACUCUGACCACGCACCUGAGACGACGCUUGUGUUCGGACUGCCCAUGAGGUUCCCCGGCAAGUUCGAAGAGUCAGACCGGACCUUUAGCCUGAACAUCAUGAACGCCUGGGCCACGUUCGCCAAGCGAGGAAUGCCUCCCACAUUCGAAGGCAUCUUGUGGCCCCGCUUUAGUGAAGCUCGGCCAAUGUACUUGGACAUCAACGAGACCUCGGUGCAUUUAAGGGAAGCGGACACUUCGCCUUGUGGCCUUCUAAAGAAAUAGACUGGUGCAGAACUCAUCAGUUGCCCAGCAUAUAGGUACAAUUCAUGAAAGUUACUGUCGUUUUCUCAUUUUCAGUGCUAUAUAAGAGGGCUGUCAAGCUAGGUUGUACUUAGCAUAAAUAAACGACUCAGUCAACUCAAUUACUGUGUAUGUUCCUGAUGUACCGUGACGCACCGACAUCAUGGAGAGUGCCCUUUGAAAGCACCAUGAUAAUUUUUCUGUGCUUAAAGUAAGAACUCUACAAUGGUUUUUCGUCAGUGCAGUUCAAACCAACUUCUAAUGCUUUGGCGUGCACAUGCUGCCUAGAUUAAGAGAUAUUUCCACUGACCUGCAGUUUUGAGCGCCGUGUGGGAAAAUGCUACAUAAAGACAUUCGGAGCUAAGUCUUCGUGCAUGUUACCUCGACAACUGUAACAGGAGUAUUGAAAGCAAGAGCUGCGUGCAUCUGCGAGGUCUAGUGCUUCUCUUCUGUUUGAAACAUUGUAUCCAGUUUGAUGUCCUUUGUCGCUGUGUAACCGCUUGCGCAAGUAUGUAGGUAUGUCACACAAUUGGUCCCUCUACUAGCCAGUUAGGCUAUGGGACCAAACAAGUGUUUGCGAAGUUUUUUGUUACAUGGAUGUGAAAAUUACAAUAAAAAAGUAGACAACCCUC